AUGGGUUUCAACGAGAUCCCUGUUGACGGCCUGACGCAUGCGUACUUCGCCUUUGGCUACAUCAUCCCCAUCACCCCGAAGGUGGCGCCGAUGGACGAUCUGCCAGCAGAUCUCUUUUCGCAAUUCACAGCCAUCAAGCGACGAAAUUCUGGCUUGAAGACCGUCAUCGCUCUCGGAGGCGACAUGGUGAGCACUGCGGAGAAUCGCAAGCUUUUCGUCGGCAACCUCCUCGGGUUCAUGCGAAGAUACGGCUUCGAUGGCGUCGACUUUGGCUGGGAAUACCCCGGGGCAGGGGAUUGCGGCAGGCGGCCGGACGACGGCAAGAACUUCGUCGCCUUUCUGAAGGAGCUCGACGAGGUCAACAACCUGCAGCCAAGCAAAUAUGUUGUUUCUUUCACGAUACCUACAAGCUACUGGUGCUCUACGAUCAGUCCCAGAAUGAGGCGGUCGCGCGUAUCUCGCAGGAUUGGCUAUUUGGGAUCGUGGAAGGGUCGCAUCGACCGUGAUGACGCCUCGAGGUCAUCCGCCGUCUGA